CGGCUCUCUGCUGACGUAAACAACAUGGCAGCAACCAUUGUGAAAACAUCAUCGUGAACACUUGUGCGUCUUGCUCAACUUGUUGAGACGCAAAUGUUGAGGUGUAGCGAGGCACAGUAGUGGUGCCCCCUUCACGCCUCCCCGCCAUGGACGACCAGCACCUCGGUCUGGCCUUCACGCCCCAGAAACUGAUCAUCUACAAUAAGCUCUUGCCUUACAAGGCGCACAUCGCCAAGGAAAUUGUGGAGCAGCUCAGCGAUAUCAAAGAGAACUUGGGCAAGGCUGUUCUCCUCCGGGACAUUAGGCCAGGAUGUAUUCACUGGCUCGCCAAACUCUCGAGAUUUGUGAGACUGUAUGGUUUGUGCUUCUCGAAAGAGGACCACAUUCUUCUGGUGAAACUCAUGUACGAACUCGCCGUCUCCUUCAACCAAGAGUUUUGGGUCAUGGCAAAAUUUGCCCAGAUGCUCACAAUUCUAUUAAAGAAGAAGGAGCUACUAGCUCCAGAUGAAUUGAUUUUGGAAUGGCGUCCAUUGUAUGACUUGUACAAUAGCCUAUUUUACAACUCGUACAAUUCUAUUGGAAUGCUGAUGCUGCCAUCGCGGACCAGGAGGGCUGCCAGUCGUUUGUUUAGCCGUAGGAAGGGAGAUACAUCAAAUGCCGAAGGAGUUGUGGAGAGUAUGAUACGUGUUUGUCGGCCCUACUUUCCACUUGGAUCUACUUCUGAAAUCUUGGAGGAGGUUCGACCAAUGAUGUGUCCAUUUGACAUGACGAUGCAGCGAGCAAUGGUGUAUUUAGAGCUCUUUCUACCCACUUCUCUUUGUCCAGAACAGGCAGAAUAUGGCUGGAAAUUAUGGAAGGACGAGUUAUUGGAUAUCUGGAAUGCUUGCCACAACAGCAACUUUUGGUUUUGGGAAAACAGUAUGUUCUGGCUAUUCUCACGAAUGGCUUGGCACAACAUUGGAUAUGUGGAUUGGGAAAAACAUCUCCCUAUGGUGUUCACUAAGGUACUGCGAUCAUUCCGCCUGCCAGUUUCAUACAAAAAAGCACAUGUUGGCAAAGGAGAUGGUCUUUCCCAAUUUGCAUCAGCAAUGUUUAUUGUUGCUAAUUUGGGAGGAGGAAGCAAGACUCAAGAACACUUGGAUCGAUUAUUCAAGUCUUUAGAAUCCUAUUACCAUCCUUCUAAUUCAGGACCUUGGAGCCGCCAUCUUCACGAAUUCCUCAAUAAACUUACACUCCUCUUCAUAAGAAGGUUACACAGGGAACGUUAUAAGAAACCUUCUUGGGAAGUGGAUAUUGCUGUCCACAAGAAACUAACAGAAGAAGAAAUCACUGCAUUUGUACGAUGUGUGCAGACUCCUACAAUGCUCACCAUGUUCUCUCACACGGGGACUCACGAUGCUGGGAUUGUGUUUCACCGACUUUCUCUUUUACGGCCAGAGAUCAUCACACCACCCUUGCUUGAACAGCUUUACUCAUCACUGGAGACAACAACUGAGCCACAUCGUCUGACUGCAUCUCUAGAGUGUGUGGUAUGUGUAGCUCGAGCUUUGGUAGGGGGUGGCAAGCACUACCCGGAUGGCCAGAGACAUGUCAUCCCUUUGCUUCUCCAAACAUUACCAGGCAUUGAUCCUAAUGACAUAAAAAAAUGCAUGGUAACAUUCCAGUUCAUCUACACAUUGGUGACCCUUGUACCUUUUGUAGAUUGUUCAGCAGCUGUCGAAGAAUAUACUGACUUAACAGAAAUUGAGCAAGAGGUGUGUUUGCAGACAGCAGGAUUUGAAGACUUUGUGCUUCAGUUCAUGGACCGCUGUUUUGCUCUCAUUGAGAACUCGACCCUUGAGCAAAUAACUCGGUUGGACAGAGAGACGGAAAAAAUGAACAGAGAAGAAAACAUGCUGGAAAUGGGACUCUCUUCAACCUUCUCGGCUAUACUUACUCAGGCACAUCCACAGAUAUACCAAGCUGCUCUCCAGCGUUUACAGACGUUCAUCAAAGGAAAGAUGAUAGAAAUUCAUGUUGCAGGCAAAUUUGCUGCAAACAUGUGUCGUUCAGCAGUCAAAAUAAAUCCUUCAGAGGCACUAAAAGCAUUUGUCCCAGGAGUGUGUCGUUUAUUAUUGGCUUUGACUGAUAAUGAAGAAGUACAAAAAGAGGAACAUUUGGACGAUGAACUUCUAUUUAAUCUUCUCUUACUGUCUGAGCUUGUGCGUUGCAGUGGUACUUUCUUGAUAAAGUAUGUGCCACAAAUAACGCAGGUACUGACUCGGACACUACACCUCAAAAGUCGAGAAGGAUACCACCUUGCUGGCUCAGUCUUGCGGUACCUUUUGAAAUAUCUUGGCAUCACUAUGCCUUCAGAGUACCGGUCAAUGUCACAAACAUGGGAUGUGCCAAUUGCGGAUUCCCUUCCAAUAAGGCACUGGGGAGAAGCUGGUGAUAUAUAUAAUCUUGGUCUUACAUGGGUGGAGCCUGGUGAUGCUGAGGAAGCUGCAAUGACGACUCUUGUUCGUACCUUCCUAACUCCUGAACUAACUCUUUUACAUCAAGUAGCUAAAGGAGAAAAGGAGGUAUCGAGAGAGGUGUUACAACAAAGCCUGGCAAUUACUUUGGACAUAUUAUUGGGAGCUGGUGUUGCUCUGCCUCACUGGGAUGAAGAACCUAUCACAUUGAUAGAUAUGGCUGUACGGAAAGAUGCCUAUGAGUUUAUUGUCAGAAAACGAGAGUUGUAUGUAACUCUCAACUCUGAACAUUUCUCCACAAAUGUCCGCAAAGCUGUUGCAGAUGUUAUUCUGGAGUUAGAGGAGAGAUUGCUCUCUCAAGGCUCUGAUGAUACCAAAUCUCUCUGCCGAAUAGUAAAUAUAUAUCAUGGACUCUUGUUUUUCCAUGGUAUCUCUAAAGAUGACUUUGAUGCAAGGUGGAAGAGCUUCCAAUUUAUCAAGGAUGCAUUGGCCAACAAGUUAGCAAGAAAUAAACAACACAUACGAUCGCUUCUUGUGGAACGUGCAGUAUUACACCAAGAGAGCCGGAUGCUGGAGAACAGUGUGAAGUAUAUCACCACAACCAGUAGAGCUAUCAUGUCCAGCCUUCUGCAUCUUUCUACAAGUCAAUACAGUGAAGUGCGCAGCAAAAGCCAAAACACCCUGAAUCAGGUGUUCCAGUGCUUCCCUUACUCGUACAAACUUACUUUACCUGAUCUAAUUACCUGCCUUCAAGUCGAUCCAAUAGAAAAUCAUGAACAGUUCAAAGGAAGUCUGUACCUGUUGUUGGGGCGACAAAACAAGUCAUUAAUGGUACGUCGUGAUUGGGAGUCUCUGAACAUGGUGUGGCCUGCUUUAAUUGCUUCAAAACACUCUGAAAAGCCUUCAAUAAUUAGACUAAUGAAUGCCCUCUCAGAUGCUGUGUACUACUAUAUGGAGCUCUUUGCAGUACAUCAUGAGAUUUCACAGGGCGUUUUGAAAGCAGCGGAAGCCCUGUUACACUCAGAUGUGCCAAAGGUGAAAGAUGCGGAUGUUACUGAGGCAGCUAUAACUUUAGCCUGUGAUCAGUUAAAUGAAAGAGGAAAUUCCAAUCACAAACUUUAUAAGACACUCGUUGGAAAAAUGGUGACACUUCUUGAUUCAGGAGCACUGCAUUGGCGUUCUCACAACAUGGCUCUCAACCUCCUUGGUUGUCUCAUUCGGCCAGACAUCGCAUUUCCUGCUGAUGGUGUCCGAUCCUUUACUGCCGGUCUCAUCCAUGACAACAUCCGUAUUAGAGAAACCUCAACGUUCUACAUGCCUUGGAUCCUCAAGAAUCAAAAGCGUAAGCACAAGAAAAUCAAGAUUGACCCAUACAAUGUUGAUGGAGCACAUAGUAUUUCUAUCAAACCAGUUCCUGGUGACUCCAGACCUGAUAAUUUAUGGAUGCAGUAUGAUAGUAAGAAAAGAAUUAAUACUGAGGAGCAGUGGGAGGAGAGCAGAUUUGUGGAGAAGACCUAUUUUGGAUGGUAUACAUGGCCAAAAUCAUUGUUAGUUUAUGCUCCACCAUCACAGCAGCCAACACUAGAUCGAAAUCGAGAGGAGUUAAAAGAAGAAGAGAAGGAGAUUUAUGACUUUUUCAUCUCGCAUGAUAAUGUUGACAAAUUAGUAUCGUUUUUAUCUCUCGAAGAAAACAAAGAACGUGAUAAUUUCAACACUCGGCGUUUCUGGAUGUUUAAGGGUUUGUUCCGGAACUUUGGAGACACUUUCCUUCAUCUGUUGGAAGGUCAUAUAAAAAGACUGGUUGGAGAAACUCAAAAGAGCAGUCAAAGGUGUGCUGCAGAAAUUAUUACUGGUAUGAUACGUGGAAGCAAACAUUGGACCUUUGCUAAACAUGAAGCAUUAUGGGAGGUGUUAAAACCAAUCCUACAGGUAGGGAUGGCAAAGGUGACGGUGGAGACGGUGGAAGACUGGGGCACGUGCAUGGCCACAGCCAGUGCAGACAGAGACCCCAACAGAUUAGCACCCUUAAUGGAGAUCUUAAUGGAUGAUCCCCUUAGAGCUAGUGAAGGAGCAUUUAAUGGAUCAAGCCGAAUGUAUAUGUUAAUGGGAGGCCUAGGCCAGCAAGAAUGGCGUGUAGCAGAGUUAAGUCAUCGAUUGCUAGAGUAUCUGCGACCAUCACUUUCACACCCAUACAAAAGCAUUAGGGAUAGAUUGGGAAGUGUGUUAACGGGUAUCUUCAUGUACGACUUGGUGCUACCAGGUGGUGUGACGUCUCUCUACCCUAGUAGCUCCGAGUUUAUAGACUAUGUACUUCCUCAGCUAGCAAUACUGAUCCAGGAACCGGGCUCAAGCAUGGCCCAUGAUUGUGACUUAGAUAAUUCAAAAUGUGAUCCAUCACUCCCAUUGUCUCAAGACAUCCUCUCUUCUCAACAUCCUAAUGGUACGGUGUUUAGUGAAAGGGUUGUCCCAUCAAUGAUGGAUUUGCAAAGUUCCUCACUUAUGAGCAAUGAUAGUUUAAAUAAAGUGCUUAAUUCCAUGCAUAUUGAUGGAACUUCCCAACUCUCCUUAAUAAAUCCAUUGACAAACCACCUUGCCAGCCUGGAGUCUUCUAAUCUUCUGGCUGGACAUGAAAACAAGGAUGCUCUCAGGGUUAGUGCAAAACUGAAGCUCAGAGAAAACUGUGAUAUAUCUAGUGAUGUUAUAUGUGAACCUGUUAAUGUAAUACCUUCGCAUUCUCUUAGUGAUAUAAAGAACAAUAUUCAUGAGAAUCACAUCAAAAGUCCAGCAAAUGGAUGUUUUGGGGGCAGUGAAGAACGAAAAGCAACUGUGCGUCUGAUGAACACUGUGUGUCGAUGGCUUGUUGGCCAGAUGGGACGCUGCUACAAUGGUGUCACUCCAGAAAUUUACAGGCUUCUCCCUCACCUGUGUCAGUUGGAGAGUGUUGACAAUGAUCCAGAGCUUCGUGGUAAUUGUGUGGCAACAUUAGCUGUCAUAAGUCAAGCUCUUGUUCUUCCAGCUCGUGUUCCAGCACUCAUGGAUGCCAUCACACAGGUAGCUAAGAGCAGUUGGUGGCGUGCCCGAGCUGCAGUAUUGUCACUGCUACAGGUGGCUGUGUUUACCAACAUGUUUACGAUCCUAAGUGAUAACAGAGCUCCACAACAAGUACAAGAGCUGGUUGUGGGUCUCUUGUCUGAUGUGAGACUGGAGGUGCAGCAGAUGGCCUCUACUGUUCUGAGUGGACUUAUACAUUGUAAAUUCAUUCACGCCGAGGACAAACUCUUGGGAGACUUCACUUCCAAGCUACAGAAUGGCCGUGAUGAAAAGAGAAGACCAAAACAACCAUUAAAGACCCUAGAUGUUAUAGAGUUACAUGCAGGAGUUUUAGGGUUGUGUGCUUAUGUCAGUGCCUUCCCAUAUGAUGUCCCAGACAUGAUGCCUCAGGUUUUAGUUACACUUAGUGAACAUCUCAACGACCCACAUCCUGUACCUGCAACUAUAAAGAAGACCCUCAGCAAUUUUCGAAGGACACAUCAUGACAACUGGAGAGACCAUAAGCAGAAAUUUACCGAGGACCAGUUGGUAGUACUGACAGAUCUGCUGCUCUCCCCUUCUUAUUAUGCCUAACAUGAUACAUUGUCUUAAUAACUCGAAUAUCAUUUGUGGAAACCUUAUACUUGAUUCAAGUCAAUGUGGCUAAAGUAUUUUAUGAUCCCUAAGAGAUGUAGCACAUGUAAGCAAGCAGUUUUCUUAUUUUACCUUCAUGUGUGGGAGGAGUUGCAUUAACCAGGGUGUCAGGUUACUCUGUUGGUGUGCUCUCCUGGUUUUGUAUGCAAUUAAGCUACUGUAUGGCAAGUUAAUGUUAGCUGAAAAUGCAAAUUAAGUUUAUAUUGGUAAAGACAUUGUAACUUCUUGAAAGUUUGUAUAAAUUUUUUAACUAAAUUAAAUAUUAUGAUAACUAGCUUUUUGCCACUGAAGCAUACAACUGGAUGUCUUACUCAUAUCAUUCACAGCACAUUUUAAACAUUGACUGCCUGGAAUAAGUGCAGCCCAUUUUGAUAUUAGAGUUAAAUGUUCAGAGUUAGCAUAAAGAAUUUGUAAUGCGGAGCACUUACUGAGUACCAUAUUGGUUAGUUGACAGUACAGUUCGAUCAAACAUUAUUAAUAAGGCAUUGAAAAUUUCAGUGAUGCCGAGGUUAGUGCUUACAGAUAACAUUAAUCUGAGGUUUGGAAUGGUUUCCUAUUACUAUAGUAGAACUGUGUUCUUUGAUUGUUACAUUAUCCUCAUUAAUUGUAAAUUGCUUUUCUUUCACUUUAUGUAGCAGACAGAUUUAGUUUUUCUGCUCGCAGACAUUACGUUAGUGAAGAUAGCUCAGCUCUUCUCCAACUUUCUUGUGGGUCGUCAUCACCAUCUCGGUUUGUAGCUCUUAGGUAUAACGUGAUCAUUCGUAAAGCACAAGUUUGUGGUACUUGUUUCUAAAGAUUUUGUUUGUUUUACGAUAUAUAACAGCAUGAAGUUUGGACUUUUGUCCUAGGGCAUCACUAAAGCAUCUGCUCUUCAUUGCUUUUUAUGAUUUAUUCAAGUAAUUAAUUUUUAAAGCAAUUUGUUGUAUUAGAUUAUUUAAAAAUUUACCAGUGCCAUUAGCAAGAACUACUACUCCAUGAUAUUGCAUUACUGAUAUUUAGUUGUAUCUUUCACAUUGGUAUCUCUGUUACUGUUGUUUCACUUGCACAAAGACAAGUUAGCUCUCGGUAAUUUGUCAUACGCAACUUUAUCCCGUCCUCACAGUAUGUGAAGUGUCAAAUGUUGACACUUACCAUGCAUAAAGUGUCGAUCUAUUCUAGGCUAUCUGUGGCCAAUACUCAUUAGUCCUAGCAAACAGCACAAUAGUGACAUGAGAAUUCAGAACAUCUUUUUUUAUUGCAUGGUAUCCAGUUGAUGUAAACUUCAUUAUUUUUAAAAUGUGAACCAAGUUAGGUAAUGUGUGCGUAUUUAUGUAUAUAUGCUCUUAUUCAGUUUAAAUCUUUAAGGUUAGAGUAAUGACCUACAAUUAGCCAGAAUUGGAAAUAUUCAAUAAAAAACAAAAUUAUGGGAACCUAAAUAACUUCAAAGAUUUAGAUGAAAAUUCAAGAUUUUAGCUUCAGAACUGCAGAGUAAAUUUACAUUUGCUAAAAAUCAUUAGGGGACCUCAUUUUCACAGACAUGCUUGACUGAAGCACACAAACCUUGUCCCAGUUUAGAUAUAUGAAGAAUAAUCUAUUUAAAUUUAUUUCUGCAGAUGGGCAAUGUAACACAAUCCAUAGAAAUGUCAUUGAAGAAGUUAUGAAUUGCAUCUAAUUUAUAAAGCUCUAAAAUGGAACCUGUGGGUAGUUCUAAAUUGGAUUGACAAUUAUUGCACAUUGCCAGUCUUUGUAUUUGAUACCGUAAAACCCUUUGCAAUGCAAUUUAAUAAUACCAGGCAUUUUAUUUAUUUCUGGUUUACAAAGGCCAAGUAAUAUUUGUAAGUUAAAAUCAAGGCUGUAUUUUAUAUGUAACUUUUUGUAAAUUUCAAAAGUAUUUACAUAUAUAUUGUAUAUAAAACAGAAGGUACUGCAUUUAACAUAUGCUACCACCAUUGCAUGAUAAGAUAUACAUCAGGGUAACCUCAUGGAGUGAAUAAGUACAUAAGUUUUAAGGGGAUUAUACCGUGUACAUGUCACUAGUAGAGCUAGGGAAUUGGGGCAGAUUCAUUAUUUUAACUUUGUCAAGAUUGCAUGAUUGGUUCUUUCUAGGUAUAAAAAAUUGUUUUAUUACUUUUCAUUGGUUGGUGAAGCACUGUAGGACAAAACUACUUGUGUAAGUAUUUUUAAGCUAUAGUAGAACCAAAGUAUUGUACAGAUAAGCAGAGAAAUUUUAUACAAAUAUUUAUUGGUUAUGGAAUCAUUCCACCUAUGUACUGUAGUAACAAGUUUCAAGUAAUAAAGCAACCAAUCAAAA